GGCUGGGAAAUGGCGGCCGCGGGCUUGGUCGCUGUGUCUACAGCUGCAGAAUAUUCUGGCCCAGUAGCGUCGGGAGGCAACCUCUCCGGGGUUAACUGCGGCCCAAGCUCCGGGACGUGUCCCGGUCCUGGCCCGGGCUCGUGGAGCCGUUCCCUCGAUCGAGCGCUGGAGGAGGCGGCGAUCACCGGGGUGCUGAGCCUGAGCGGCCGGAAACUGAGGGAGUUUCCCCGGGGAGCGGCCAACCACGACCUGACGGACACCACCCGGGCGGAUCUGUCACGAAAUCGCCUCUCAGAAAUUCCCAUAGAAACAUGUCAUUUUGUUUCUCUUGAGAAUCUCAACUUAUACCAAAAUUGUAUUCGGUAUAUACCAGAGGCAAUUCUAAACCUACAAGCUCUAACAUUCUUAAAUAUUAGUCGGAACCAACUGUCAACACUGCCAGUACAUUUGUGUAACUUACCAUUGAAAGUCUUAAUUGCUAGUAAUAACAAAUUGGUCUCACUUCCAGAAGAAAUUGGACAUCUCAGACAUUUAACAGAACUUGAUGUGAGCUGCAAUGAAAUUCAAACAAUACCUUCUCAAAUUGGUAAUUUGGAGGCCUUGAGAGACCUCAACCUCAGAAGAAAUCACUUAGUACGUUUGCCAGAAGAGCUGGCAGAGUUGCCUUUGAUACGGUUAGACUUCUCCUGCAAUAAAAUUACCACAAUCCCUGUUUGUUAUCGGAACCUCAAGCACCUACAGAUGAUUUCCCUAGAUAACAAUCCAUUACAGUCUCCUCCUGCACAGAUAUGCAUAAAAGGCAAAAUUCACAUAUUUAAGUACCUGAACAUACAAGCUUGUAAGAUUGCUCCAGAUCUGCCAGAUUAUGAUAGGAGACCCUUGGGUUUUGGCUCCUGCCACGAAGAACUAUACUCAGGUCGCCCUUAUGGAGCCCUUGAUUCAGGUUUCAAUAGUGUUGACAGUGGUGAUAAGAGAUGGUCAGGGAAUGAACCUACAGAUGAAUUUACAGAUCUACCUCUUCGAGUAGCAGAAAUUACUAAAGAACAAAGACUACGAAGAGAAAACCAGUACCAAGAGAAUCGCGGCAGUGUAGUAGUAGCAAAUGGAGCUAUCUAAUUUGAAUGUUUUUUUUCUGAUGUGUGUGUGAUGUGGACAGUGGAACAUGAUCUAGAUCAAAUUGACUACAUUGACAGCUGUACUGCAGAGGAAGAAGAGGAUGAGGUGAGACAACCCAAGGGCCUGGACUCAGACAGCCUCAGUUCACAGUUUAUGGCAUAUAUUGAACAACGGCGAAUCUCUCAUGAGAGUUCACCAAUAAAGCCAGUACCCACAAGGGAGUUUCAAAAAACAGAAGACAUAAGAAGAUAUUCACAUCAAAACAGGGUUCCAGUUGGGCCAUCUUCUUCACUGUCACCAAGUCACAAUCAGCUAUCACAUACAGACUUAGAACUUCAUCAGAGAAGAGAACAGUUAGUAGAGCGCACUAGGAGAGAGGCACAGCUUGCUGCCUUACAGUAUGAGGAGGAGAAAAUAAGGACCAAGCAGAUUCAGAGAGAUGCUGUCCUGGACUUUGUCAAACAGAAAACAUCACACAGUCCACAAAAACAACAACACCCCUUAGAUGGUGAGUGUCCCUUCCCAUCCAGAAGGUCUCAACACACUGAUGAUAGUGCCUUGUUAGUGUUGCUGUCAGGGUUGAAGCAAGUGGGCUGUGCUGGUACCCUGCCUCACUCUUCUGCCUUCACACCUCUUAAGAAUGACAGAUCUAAUGCUGUAUCAAGUUCACCUACAACAGAAACAGUUCAUCAUUCUCCUGCAUAUUCUUUUCCUGCUGCUACCCAGAGAAACCAGCCCCAGCGCCCUGAAAGCUUCCUUUUCCGAGCAGGUGUCAGGGCAGAAACAAAUAAAGGUCAUGGUUCAACCCUUCUUUCAUCUUCUGAACCUACCACUGAUUCUACAGAUCCCAUAACAAGACAGAAUUCAAGGCAGAGAGAAGAAGAACUGGAAUCAAUAGAUCAGCUACGGAAACAUAUUGAGUACCGUUUGAAAGUAUCUCUGCCUUGUGAUCUUGGAGCAGCUCUAACCGAUGGUGUUGUUCUUUGCCAUUUGGCCAAUCAUGUGUGGCCUCGAUCCGUCCCAAGUAUUCACGUUCCCUCACCAGCUGUACCUAAAUUGUCAAUAGCAAAAUGCAGGCGAAAUGUGGAGAAUUUCCUAGAAGCUUGCAGAAAAAUUGGUGUGCCUCAGGAGCAAUUAUGUUUGCCUCUCCACAUUUUAGAAGAGAAAGGUUUGAGCCAGGUUGCAGUGACGGUCCAGGCUCUCCUGGCACUGGCCCCACCCAAGCAGCAGCAGCACCAGCUAUCUGCUGUUUAAGGACUCCCAGCACUCCGGGUAUUGCCUGGCCAAAAUGGAACAGGACACCACCAUCACGCUGCCAGCCGUCUGCUUAAACAGAGCUCUAACAUGUUCUUAAAAGGGACUGUUUCCAUGAUUCCUAACAGGAAUAUUUCGCUUCAUUUCUCCAUUUUAGGGGAGGUUAUAUCCAUUUCCAUUGAAUUGUUUUUGAAGACCUGGUUGAUUUUCACAAAUUAAACGUAAUCCUGUCAUUAUUGAGAACCAACACUGAAGCCUAACCUGGCAGUGCUUUCCUAGAGGAAGGGUCUUCCCCGCAUACCAGAGAGAG